AUGGGCGCGGGGGUGGUGGAGCUCGGGCCCGGGGUGGUCGAGGUGGGGGCGGCGGAGGCCGUGCAGACCGUGCCGCCGACCAAGAGGAGGCGGGUGCUGGCCGUCAAGACCCUCAAGGCCGCGGCGGCGGCGGCAGGAAGGGGGCCGCGGCUCGCCAGGAGGCCGCCCGCCAUCCAGCGGCUCUUCCAGGCCUGCCGCGCCGUCUUCCGGGGCCCCGGCACCGUGCCCAAGCCCGCCGAGGUCGCCCUGCUCCGCGCCAUGCUCGACAAAAUGAGACCAGAGGACUUCGGCCUAAGCCCAGACAUGCCCUUCUUCAGGAACAGAGAUGCGCCGGCAACCGAAGGGACCCCGGCCAUCACACACACCACCAUAUACAAAUCCGAGAAAUUUUCCAUGGUUCUCUUCUUCUUGCCGACGAAUGCGGUCAUCCCUCUGCACAACCACCCCGGGAUGACGGUGUUCAACAAGCUGCUCAUCGGAUCGAUGCACGCAAAGUCAUAUGACUGGGCUGAUCCCGACGAUCCGGCUAAUGAGAGUGGCGCUUCGUCACCUGAUGGUAAAUUGAGGCUGGCGCAACUAAUCGUGGACGAUGUUUUCACGGCGCCGUGCGACACGUCGGUCCUGUUCCCGACGGCGGGAGGCAACAUGCACCGGUUCAGGGCCGUCGCGCCAUCCGCGUUCCUCGACAUCCUCGGCCCCCCUUACUCCAUCGAAGAGGACCGAGACUGCACGUACUACACGGACAUUCCAUACUCCCAGCAUCCAAUGACCAGCAAUGAGCUCAUCGGCGACGAGCAAGAAGGCCGGCGUCUCGCGUGGCUGAAAGAGGUCGAGAUGCCGAGGGAUCUGAAGAUGUGCAGCGUCCGGUACGGCGGCCCGCCGAUCUCCGGCAGGUGA